GUUUCCGCGUGGCGCACGUGUGGCAAAAUAUCAUCGAAGAAGAGGAGCGGUGGUGCGCUUGUAAUGCGUUUUUUUAAUUGAUUAUGAUGCAUGGUACAAGAGUCUACAUUGGCGGUCUCACUCAUGGCUGCCGAGAGAGAGAUAUUGAAAGAUUCUGCAAGGGAUAUGGAAGAAUCAGAGACGUCCUCAUCAAAAAUGGAUUUGGAUUUGUGGAGUUUGAAGAUCCCCGUGAUGCCGAUGAUGUUGUUUAUGAACUGAAUGGACGAGAGCUUCUUGGCGCCAGAGUCACUCUGGAGCCGGCCCGCGGACCGCAGAAUCGCGACCGCGGCGGCUGGGGCCGACCCAGGGAGCUUGCCCCGCGCAACACCAAGUAUGGCCCCCCGACUCGCACCGAGAACCGCAUCAUCGUGGAGAACCUGAGCUCGCGCGUCAGCUGGCAGGACCUCAAGGACUACAUGCGCCAGGCUGGCGAGGUCACCUAUGCGGACGCCCACAAACACCAUCGCGGAGAGGGUGUGGUCGAGUUCGCCUCCUACUCCGACGUUCGCCACGCGCUGGACAAGCUGGACGACACCGAGCUGAACGGACGCCGCAUCCGGCUCAUCGACGAUUCGCUGCGCUCCUCGCGCUCGCGGCGCAGUCGCUCGCGCAGCCGCUCGCGCUCUCGGCGCCGCUCGCGCAGCCGCAGCCGCAGCCGGGACCGCCGCAGCCGCUCGCGCUCCCGCUCCCGCUCCAGAUCCAAGUCGCGGUCGCGCUCCAAGUCGGCCGACCGCCGCUCCAAGUCGGCCGAUCGCAGAUCCAGAUCCGGAGACCGUCGGUCCAGAUCCAAAUCCAGGGAGCGCAGAUCGAAGUCUGGAGAUCGCAGAUCCAAGUCGCCGGAGCGUAGAUCCAGAUCGAAGUCGGCUGAGCGCAGGUCCAGAUCGAAGUCGGCGGAUCGUAGAUCCCGAUCCAAGUCUGCGGAUCGCGGCGGAUCUCGGUCGCGGAGCAGGUCGCGCUCUAAGGACAACGAUCGGAAGUCUCGCUCCAAGUCGCGCUCCAAGUCCCGCUCCAGGAGCAGGUCCCGCUCCCGCUCGCGGUCCCGCUCGGGCUCCCGUGGCGCCGACGGAAGGGACAGAUCUGCCGACCGUCAGAACGGGGACGGAGGCUCGGCCAUGGAACAGGCCGACUGAGCAGAGAGGCUAACGACGCCGGGUCACCUGUGCGAGCUGAGUGGUCACGGAGUUCACAGCCGCGCCGGUCACAGGUCAUGGGGUCCACAGCUGACCUGGCCGCAGGUCGCGGCGGGCACAGUUGAUCUGGCCGCAAGUCACGGAAGGCACAGUUGACUUCAGUACAGGUCACGGGGUUCAAAGUUGAUCUGGCCAGGUCAUGAAGUUCACAGCUGAUCUGGCCAGGUCACGGCAGGCACAGUUGACUUCAGUACAGAUCACUGAGUUCACAGUUGACCUUUCAUGGAUCGCGGGGUUUGCAGUUGACCUGUUCACGGAUCACGGCCCCCACAGCCGUGACGAUGGGAUUACCGGUACGCCGGUCACACAACCAGCAUUCAUUCAUUUGUGUAGAUUGUCAAUACAUUUACCCGGCAAUCACA